CGCAGAGCAAUAAAGCAUCCGGAACAUUUGUCUCCGGCGCGCGGCCCCCGCCCGCUAAAUGUUUGAUAAGCGGCUGUCGGAGGGGAGAUUUGUCAGCGGUCCGAGCCGAGGGUAGGGAAAGGACUCGUCUUUGCGCCCGGCGGCCGCGUUUCUGUCGCCGGGAGCCCGGCAGAGGCCCGUGUAGCAGAUGGGGAGCCACCACCGCCGCAGCAAGCAGCGCGCCGCGGGCACAGCCAGUCGGCGGCGGCAGCAACGGGGCGCAAGGGCAUCGUGGCGGCCGGAGGCGGCGGGCAGGGAAAGAGGGGCGGAAGAGAAGACACAAAGACGGAAGGAAGGAGGAGACCUGAACAGUACAUCCAGAGAAUCCAGCAAAGCACACCACGGUAUGAACGUGCAAGUGCACAGAAUUAAAACACAUCUCAGAAACACUAAUGGAUUCUAAACAAGAUGCGGUUUCAUUUCCUGAACCUAUACGUGAUGUUUUUAACUGUUCUCCAGUUAAUAUGUCUCCAUUUCCAGAAAUCUAACAGGAGAAUCUCUGACUGCUUAACAGAUCACCUAGGUUUGCGAUUUGUGCAAUCCAUUCUAGAGUAAGGGCUCCCCGGCUGCUCCCCAGCCACUGUGUACCCAAAGCAGCGGCUGAAAUAGCUCAGAGUCCGACAGCUCAGCGUCAAGCAGCCUGUGGUUUGUACUUACAUCAUUUUUUUUUUUCAUAGUAGGAGUAAAAGUUUAUUAAAAAGCGUUAGAACAGUAAGGAAAGGAAAGGAGAGAAAAUAAGGAAAGUACAACUUGGAAGAGGGCCAAGCGGGCGACUUGAGAAACCAAGUGCCUGUACUUACAUCAUUCUUAACCCUUCCGCUCCUGGAGGGGGCUCAGCGGGAUCAGGGGGCCCCCGAACUUCGGAACACGCAGGACCUGGGUGUGAGAGAAGAGUCCCAGAGCUUGGUGUGAGCAAUGCACUCCCGGAGGGAGACAGCCCGGGGCUUGCGAAGGGCUCAUCACCCGCUCGUAGACAACGGGCCCCCGCAAUCCCUGCGGGCUCCGCCGCUGCUCUCACCGCUCAAAACGGCAGGUGCAAAAAGCAUUUGGGAGCCGCUUGCCAGCGCGCAGAGGUAAUGCGCUUCCUGUCCAUUUAUCUCAGGAAACCAGUGCAGCCUUCCCUUCGAAACAAAAUUAACCUCUCAUUAGCCAGCCACUCGUUCCCAAGAAGGCCUUAAAAGCUUU